CUUUUACGUCAUUCUGAUUAACAAUUGCCAAAACGCAGAGCGAUGAUCUUUGUUCUCUGCCUUUGAGACUACUUUUUCUUCUUCUGACUACUUCUGACCGAGCGACUUGAAAUGGCGCAGCAGUUUGUGCAGACUAAAAUUAAAGGAGACAAAGUGGUGCUGUUUAUUAAGCCCACGUGCUCGUACUGCAUUAUGGCAAAAGAUGUUUUGUCAAAAUACAAAUUCAAGCCGGGACAUUUGGAGUGUAUUGAUAUAAGUGGACGCAGCGACAUGGACAACAUGCAAGAGUAUUUCCUGGAACUCACCGGAGCCCGCACGGUCCCACGGGUGUUCAUCGGUGAGGAGUGUGUUGGAGGCGGCAGCGAUGUAGCGGCGCUGCAUAAGAGUGGUCAACUGGAGAGCAUGCUACAGUCUAUUGGAGCUCUGCAGUGACCCGCUCCAGACCUCCAGGUUUUAGGCAUCCAGGCAGGGUCACAUGACUAUGCAGCGGGACUUGCGUAGCUUGCGUCGCCGGUGCUGGUACUCGCUGAGCUCCUGCAGGUAUCCUCUGGAUGGCCAGCGUAGCCUCUCUACCUGCUCACGCUCCUCCUCUGGAACACAAAAAAACACAUAAACUCAUAUCUAAUGCAAACACAACUGAACCCUUAUCGCAACAGUUAAUGUUCUUGGCAUAUACUCCCUACACCCACUACACAAACACAUACAGUAAUAACUCCAUGGAUUGUUGCCAUGAACACAGCCAACAAGGCUGAAAUAUCUCAUACAAUUUAGUUUACACCAACAAACAGAAGACUCAGCGGUGAUCAGUCAUGUGCUGUCUCUUUAUUCUGGCCUUUGACUUGGCUUGUGCCCUUAAAUACCCGUCCAAUGACCUUAAACGAUUCUUAAACAAUAUGUGUAUGACUAAUGAUGACAAUAAAAUGUGCUACUGCUACUAACUGGA